GACGCGUUUCACCUGCGGAGCGAGGGCGGGGUGGCGCGGAGGUGCAGAGGUGCCGCAGCUGGCAGCCAGUCGGGAGCGCGCGAGGCGCCGGGAGACGCGCAGCCCCGGCCGCAGCCCCUACCCCCGCAGUCGCCGCGCACGGCCGGGCCGCCACCAUGGCGCUUCUGCGGUGCUUCCUGCUCCUGUGCGGAGUCGCUGAUGUCACCAGAAGUUUGAGUAUCACCAGUCCUGACCACAUGAUUGAAAAGGCCAAAGGGGAAACUGCCUAUUUGCCCUGCAAAUUUACGCAAGGUCCGGAAGACCAGGGACCGCUGGACAUCGAGUGGCUGCUGUCCCCGGCCGAUAAUCAGAAGGUGGAUCAAGUGAUUAUUUUAUAUUCUGGAGACAAAAUUUACGAUGACUACUAUCCAGAUCUAAAAGGACGAGUACAUUUCACAAGUAGUGACCUCAAAGCAGGGGAUGCGUCAAUCAAUGUGACCAAUUUACAGCUGUCAGAUAUUGGCACCUAUCAGUGCAAAGUAAAAAAAGCCCCUGGCGUUGGAAAUAAGAAGAUUCAGCUGAAAGUUCUUGUUAAGCCUUCGGGUACAAGAUGUUAUGUGGAUGGAUCAGAAGAAAUUGGGAAUGACUUUAAACUGAAAUGUGAACCAAAGGAAGGUUCACUUCCGUUACAAUAUGAAUGGCAGAAAAUGUCCAACUCACAGAAACUGCCCACGGCACUGAUAACAGAAAUGACUUCCUCUGUGAUCAAUGUAAAAAAUGCCACCACUGAGUACUCUGGGACGUACAAGUGCACAGUCAGCAACAGGGUGGGCUCUGACCAGUGCCAGCUGCGCCUGGAUGUUGUUCCUCCAUCAAACAGAGCUGGAACAAUUGCCGGAGCUAUUAUAGGAACUCUGCUUGCUCUCAUGCUCAUCUGCGUGAUCAUCUUUUGCUGCCAUAAAAAGCGCAGAGAGGAAAAAUAUGAAAAAGAAGUUCAUCAUGAUAUCAGGGAAGACGUGCCUCCCCCCAAGAGCCGGACGUCCACGGCCAGAAGCUACAUCGGCAGCAAUCACUCAUCUCUGGGGUCCAUGUCUCCUUCCAACAUGGAGGGCUAUUCCAAGACUCAGUAUAACCAAGUACCAAGCGAAGAUUUUGAACGCGCUCCUCAGAGUCCAACUCUCCCACCCGCCAAGGUAGCUGCCCCUAAUCUCAGUAGGAUGGGAGCGGUGCCAGUGAUGAUUCCAGCCCAGAGCAAGGACGGGUCUAUAGUAUAGGGCCUCCAAACCUCUCACCUCCGUGCUCCACACUUCUCUUCUUCUUUUGAAAUAGGAAAACUUAUUUUGUUCUAAAUUUUGCUGCCAGCCUCAAUAGAUCAAAAAGUGAACCAAAAACUGUAAGAAACAUACUUUAAAAAGUUGUGUUUGUUUAUAUCGGACUAGUAAAGGCAUUAAAGUUACUAAAGACAAAUUUGCCAUCUGAAAAAGAUUUCUUAACCUUUUGCACUCGGAUGUUGAGUGUGACUCGACACGGUUAGCAUCGGUAGCAGCUCGAGAAAAAAGCAAGCGAGUGCAAAGUGUUAAAGAAGUGGAUUUUGUAAGUUUCUAACUACCAAUACUUAGUAAUAUGUAGCACUUUGGAUAUGAAAUCAUAGGAGAAGAUAGAUAUUGGUGAACUUACAUGCACACCAAGCUGAUACUUGAAUCAUCUUAAAAAGUAGUAUUUUUUCAUUCCUGCCAUUAUUUUUAGGAUGCCUUUCUCAAUUAAUUUAUGACCCAAAAUUGGCAAAGAAGCAUUCAUGGCAAAAAUUCUUAUAGUCCUUUAUGUUUGUUCUUUGAAAACUCUAAAUGUGUUUAGAAUAGCUCUAGUAACAUAAAAACACUCUACAGGGUUCUAGAAAUUACUAGUUCUACUUUCAGGUCAUGCAUAAGCCUUGUCUAUGGAAUGAUUGCUUAAGUAUUUGAUUGAUAGACCGUUAUAGGCAACAGAGGCAUAGUAAGCUCUUUUUAUGUGCUAAAGUAAAGGAGCACCUAUGGAUUUAUUUAGCAAGUUUGCUCUCACUACAUAGAGCGAUGACACUAGGUACAGUAGUGCGAGUGGAUUUCAGCGAUGAGCAAUCUGGGGUGAUCUCCAGAACGGUGACCCGCCAGAGCAAGGAUGGAGAAUCCUGCAGUUCCCAACCACAUACUGGCUCUCUGCGUUAGGUGAUAUUUUUCUAAUAAGAAAAAAUUAUGAUAUUUCUUAUUUGACAGAUACAGAUUGAAAUUCCCUAAUUAUUGGUUCCAAAUUUUAAAAAGUUUUUCCCCAGUUCAGCGUUUUGUUGUUGUCGGUUUUGGAUGGUGUUGCAUGUUAUAUGUUCUGGAAACAUGGAAUCCUAAGUCUACCUUCCUGAAUGCAGUUCUUGGAGGAUGUUUCUUCAUAGGCUCAGAAUGACGGAGCGCAUUGUAAGCUAGUCAGUGUCCUCCACGGUUCUGUCUUCCAGACUUGGGAGGGUGCACAGUUGCUAUUCUACUGCCAACGUGUCUGUGCAGUUGCAGAAAAUCCAGUUGAGUUUUGAAAAGUUUGAGUCCUAGUUUUGUGAAAGUGAUUUAUUCUUAAAAAAAAAAAAAAAAUAGAAAGGAAAGGGGGUAAACGGAAUACUCCCAGCUGCCAAAUGUGUUAAAUACUGUUUUAGUAGAAGAAAGUAAAUUUAUUGUAUUUCCCUUAAGAUUGCGAGGGAGUGUGGAUAUAGUAGAAUGAGCCAGCCGUUUCUUUAUAGUAAGUAAGGUCUGCAAUAAAUUAUUUCACUAGCUCUAAAACCUGUUCCCUCGAUUUUGUAGGGAGUUGGUUUCUGUUCAUCUCUUUGGGUGCUGUGGUGGUUCAUGCUGCAUUAGAAAUUAAUGUUGGCAUGACUUUCUGAUUAGUAAGAGUAUUGUGUACACUUUUUAAUGGUAAAUUUAAGCGGAAUGUCUGUGUGAUGGAUUAGUGUAUAGUUUUACAUAUUCGGAAGCCUUUUUUAAAUAGGGUUUUAACCUUACACAAUAUUGCAUUUAUACUUGUGUUAACAGUUUCAUUUGUGCCUUUUGGGUAAUUUAAUUUUUAUUAUGAAUUUCUGGUGCCUAUGAGCUAGCUAUCACCUGAAAGGUGCUUAGAGGUGAAGGUACUGUUCCUAAAAACGCAUCACUGUGACACCUUUCUAUCCUCAGACUUCAGUCUUGCCUCUUUUCUGUUCUUUUUGUAUGCAAAUUAACAGACUAAAAUUUCAACAUCCCCAACACUCUUUGGCUGUGUUCCUGAUUUUAUAAUAGUAACUAUUUUUGAACUCCAGAUGUCUGGUCUGUUUUAUAUGAAUACAUUUAUAUACAAUAGUACUAAGAAAUACCAGCACAAACUCUGAGAAACAACUUUUGGUCUUUACUAGUUUUCCAUGCACUGAAGAUUAUGCUAUCAAUCCAAGUAGAAAUUACUAUGGAUCCAUGUAAGGCUUUCCUUGCCUUAGACUUAGUAGUUGGUCUAGAAUUUAGCUACAAAUAAGUCAGAAUCUCUUCCAGAAGCACCUGUACCCUAAGAAACGAGCUCACAAAAAAAUCAGUUGUGUAUCCUGUACAGACCUAUUGGGUAUGAUGAAAUUUAGAGGACAGAAUUCAGUUUUAGACUAUGUCUUCAGCUACUCUCAUUGUAAAUUUCAGUUAACCUAAAAGUCAGACAGUUCUGAUUGACCCAUUAAGGGAUUCUCACUUAUAAUUUCAUUUAAACCAGAGAUCAUAUAUUUGUUCUGGAAUUAUUGGUAAUCAUCAAGCAAUUCAAUAAAACUUGCUAUUCGAGCAUUUCCAUUGGAGCUUACGUAAGUCAAGGACAGCACUGCAUCUUCGAGGCAAAAGCAAUCGAUUCCACUUCACACCUAAGAGAGUCAACACCAGUUGAGUUACACAGGAUAACUUGAGAAGUAGUGGUACCUUAGAGGAUGUAGUUCUGUGCUUUAUGGGUGUUCUUUUAUUCUAAUAUUCCCCCGUUAGAAGGCCAAAAAAAAAAAAAAAAAGAAAGAAAGAAAAGAAAUCUGCCCUGGAGUUGUUACAAUGGAAAUACAGCCAGAGUGUGUCGUAGGGGGAGGUUAAUUCAAGAAACACAAUUAGAUUAUUGGUAUGAAUUAAUAUCUGAUUUUUAUUAAAAAGAUAAUUUCCAAGAUCGAGCUUCAUAAAUAAGGAGCAAGUAAAGGGGCAAAUAAACAUUUUUAUUAAAUAUAAAAAGAACUCGUUGCAUGAAGUUAGACAUCAAAUUCUAUAAUGGAUGGCUUUUUAAAAUAACCAUUCUGUCUUUCUGUGUGCGUGCAGCAUGUGAAUUUGAAGUUAUGUAAAUGUUUCAAGUUUUUCCUAAUCUCUUCACCUCCACAGUGUUUAGGGCUUUCAGACCCCUUAUUCCAGUGUGAACAGAAAAGGUCCAUAUUAUGUGCUUAAUGCUUUGAUGUGUCAUGCAAGGAGUAGUUUGUAGAAAACGUUGACACCAUUUUAACUUCUUAGUGGCUUGUGACACUAUAUAUUAUAUAUAUAUGUACAUAAAUCUUUGUAAUAUUCUGUGUUUAGUAGUGUAAAUGUUCUGGGCAAGUUUUAAUAUUUCAAAUGCCUUUGGAUAAACUUGCAAUAAAGGCAACGUGUUCUGCAGUUGGAUUUUUUUUACUUGUUUGCCUAUUUUGACACUAAAAUAUGGUCCAUAACUGAGCACAGAUUCUACUUAUUCAUGUUAUGGAAGCAGGGAAGAAUAAUGAACGUGUGAAUUGCAGUUCUGCUUAUCUUACAGAUAGUAACACCAGCAAAUAUGUUAUCUUAUGGGUAACACCAGCAAAUAUCUUACCUUAUGGAUAGUAACACCAGCAAAUAUUUUCUGUAUCUGGCUUCUUACUGUUAAUCAAGUUUUACAAAGUGCACUGUUUUGUAAUUUGAGUGUGGAAAGUACCUGCUGGGAUUGGUUUGGGUCAUGAACACUAAAAGCUCCAAUCAAGGAAGAACUUUGCAUUUUUGCACUGACGUAUUUAAUGACACAAGUGUCAAGCGAACCACAAUUCACUGACUCACUUAUUCUCCUCCCUUACUGUGAACAUUUGUUAUAAAUAAACUUGUACUACUGAGAAAAAAUAUUUUGACACUUCACAUAUGCAAGUAGAGAAUUGAUAGUGUCAGUUUCAAAGAUGAUUUUUGUAUUUAAAGUUUCUGGCUUAAAUAUCCAAUGGUGCAGAUUUUGAACUUUGUAAGAACAAAUUUGGUUAAAAAAGCAAGAACUUGCUCUAGCGUUGUGACCUUGUGUACUUUUCAAAUAAAAUUAAGAAAGUA